AUGUACAACAACAACCUGCCAGAAGAGGUGGAAACCUACCUUCAAGAGAUAGUCCAGCGUCUCACAGAGUACCUAAAAGAUCAGCUAAUCGGAGUAUAUCUCUUCGGUUCCGCAAGUUACGACGCCUACGAGCCCGGUCUCAGCGACCUCGACGUGCAAGCUAUCGUGAGAGAUCCACUCAACACCGUCGACAAGCAGGCAAUCAUAUACCAAUUGAGCCAGAGCGCCUUACCUUGCCCGGCGACCAAACUCGAACUUGUGGUAUACGCGCACGGCGCGGUGUAUCCAGCCACCCGUCACCCUGUUUUCGAACUGAACCUGAACACCGGACCUCACCGACCCGAUCAUAUCAGCUUGGAUCCCGCGAACGAGUCAAGCCACUGGUUCUUGAUCGAUAUCGCGAUGGGCCGUGAACUGGGUCGCAGCCUGCACGGCCCGGAUCCGACUGACGCUUUCGGCGCGAUCCCCCGGCGCUGGAUUCUCGAAGCGAUCGCGACUUCGCUCGAUUGGCACCGCGCAAAUGAACUCAACUCGGCUAAUAGCGUUCUGAAUGCUUGCCGGGGCUGGAGGUUCAUUGUCUCGGGCAAGUUCUCGUCGAAAUUGGACGGGGCUAAAUGGGCGUUGCAGCAACAGGGCUGUCCGGAUGUUGUCAACCUCGCUAUUGCAGCGCGCAAAUCUGGAGAUGAACUCCCUGCGGCCCAGGUGAUGAUGCUUUACGAUAUCGUUAUGGCGGCCAACCGUGCCGAACUCGCGACAGAUUUGGAGUGAGCAUUACAAUAGCUAUCGCAGCAUGUGAGUCAUCUAAGUCACGGUGCCGGGGUGACAAUGGGAUUAUUCAUUUCUACAGUCUCAAG